CUCGGAGCAGCUGUUGUGGUCCGUGCAGGUGGAUCAUCAGCUGUUUGCUCUGCAGAAGCUCGAUGUCACUGGAGAUGGCAGAGAGGAGGUGGUAGCGUGCGCCUGGGACGGCCAAACCUACAUCAUCGACCACAAUCGGACCGUGGUUCGGUUCCAGUUUGAUGAGAACGUCAAUGCUUUCUGUGCUGGCCAAUACACGUGCAAGGAGGGUAAAAACAGCCCCUGCUUAGUGUACGUCAGUUUCAAUCAGAAGAUCUACAUCUACUGGAAGCUGGAGCUGCAGCAGAUGGAGUCCACCAACCUGUUGCGAGUGCUGGAGGAGAAGCUGGAGUUUAAAAACCACCUGAAGUCUCUGGGAGUCGGUGAGUACACAAACAGCUGGAGCGGAUUCAGCUCAAAGCGUCACAUCGUUAAUAAAACCCAUCCUCCUCAGUCUGACGGUGAAACAGACUGAGGCCUAGUCCACACAUAGCCGGGGUUUUUUGAAAAUGAAUAUCUGCCCCUCCAAAAACUUGCAUCCACACCACCGCGUUUUAAAAACAAACUGUCCACACGUACCCGGAUAAAUACGUUGUUAAGGACAUGCCAGACCUGUAGGCGGCAGUACUUCCCCCGUUCUUAACCUCGUCCUUCGUCUGUGGUCUUCCGCAAGGAGCAGUAAUUCCUCUUGCAAAAACAAACAAGCAGAAAGCGCUUGGACAAUUGAUGGAUCGGGUAGUGACAGAGCGCAGCUCUGAAGGCUUCCAUGAUGCCGGCUAGUGUAAACACAGGUCGCACACGUGAUGUCAGCAUUUUUUUGUCGCGGAAAGUGACGCUGCGGACCUUAAAACUCCGGCUUUGUCCGUCCACACGCAGACACCCAAAACGGAGAAAACGCAGAUCUUCACUUUGGCCGGAGUUUUUAAAAAGAUCCGUUUUCGUGUGAAAAAAACUCUGUUUUCGUGUGGAUGACAGGCCAAAACGUAGAAAAAUAUCUACGUUUUGGCAGAUCCCCGGCUACGUGUGGACAGGGCCUGAAGCAGCAAGGAGAAACACCACCGAAUAGCUUAUCUGUGAGCUCACCAAUGGCUUUUAUUUUUUCUUAUAUCAGGGUUUUUUCCUGUGUUUUAAUUUGCGUGGCGGCCGCCUCCAGCUAUUUUUGUGACGCCCCAGCCUGAUUUCACUCUGUCCCCAGCUAUAUGGAUAUUAUUUUAACUGCAGUUGCAGCGUUGCACCACUAUAGUGGCGCUGUAACAGCAGCGGUGCACCGAAAAGCGCUAAAACCGCUGCAGAACAAGAUCAAAAUUUGCUUUUCUCGCUAGUUGGUACAUAUAUGUGGUUGGGGCUAUUGUAGGCUGACCGUACGUCCUCUUUGCCCCAGACAUGUCCACUUUUCACUCUCUGUCUGGGGAGUCCGGUGGGG